AUGUCUUCCCCAGAACCGUUCAUACGGCCGCCAGAAUCAGAAGACGAUGACCCCAUCAUCCACCCUUCCCUCCAGCGGUACAUCCAUUCGCUUCCCGACUCACAAACCAACUAUGCACGCUUCUUCUCCGCCCUGCUCAUCCCGAAACAGUCUCACGCGCAAUUCUUCAUCGAUCUGAAACAGUUUCGCGAGCAGGCCACCAUCAUCUAUCUCUUGGCGCCGGGCACCUCUGCGAACUACCGCCAAGUCUCGCAGAAGUUUAUCGGCUCGCGGUUCGCGCACCCGUGGUGUCGCGUGCAGAGCGAUUUCGGUAAGGGGUGGCGCGGGGCAAGCUGGUUUGGGAACUCAGGAGGGUGCGGCCCCCGGGUAGAUGAGCGGGUGAGGAAGGAACAGGACCGGCUGCAUAAGCUGCUCGUCCCGAUUUGGAUCGCGAUGAGGAGGAGGAUGUUUCCCGGAGAGGACGUCGUGAAGGAAUGGGUUGCGAAGGAAGACGAACGGGAAAGUGUUGCAGCAGAGGAGAAGAAGAAGAAAGCCGCCGAGGCAGUGAAAGCGGAAUCCAUUAAAUCACCGCCGCCUGCUGCCUACCCCGAACUGGGCUUCGCGACCACCAACUCUACAACGCCAUCGAGAACGACGAUGACAACGACGACACCACAGGAUACCAUGUCUCCCGAAGGAGCAGCGGCCGCCUCCAAGCUAUUCCUAGGCGUGGCCGUCACGGGAUUCAUCAUGAGCGACAAGCGCAUACAGAAGUAUGUCGAGAAGAAGCUGUUUACGAAGUGA